AUGAUCCCGAGCCAUACGGGCGGGGCGUCGGCGGUGCCGUACAGGUCGAAGUCGGAUGGGUUGGGUCUGUGGAAGGAGCAGCUCGAGACGCAGUGGAAGGGGCGGAGAGACGCUCGCGUGAGGCUCUUGGGCGUCGUAUCGGCGGGACUUUUCGUUCUCUGGCUCUUCGCGUCCCGAAUAGUCAAUGUGCGGAAUCGCUUGCCUUCCUGCGACGCACUGCACCAGCCCGGCCGCCUCCUCGUCAACCUUACCUCUCCUCUCCACACCCACUGGCGCCCGUUCGCCGAGUCGCAGUGCCCACCACUACCGAAGUACCUGCCCGCACUGUGGCAGCUCACGCACGGCGUCGAACGCUCGUUCCCCAUGUACCAGUCGUCGACUUUCUCGAAAGAGUACCGCCAAGUCGCCGCCGAACCUCUCCCUCCUCACCUCCUUGCCUCUUCCCCCUCGACAAUAGAUCCCAUACCCUUCCUGCGCAAGCGGCGACGACACCCUCCGACUGUCCUCGUCAUCGGCGACUCGGUCGACCGUAACGGGCUCGUCCAUUUCUGCCAGCUCUUCCGCCGCGAUGUCACCAUCUCGCACUACAGCGACAUUACCAAGCUUCCACCCGGUCCGUAUCCUGCCGACUUGACGAAGGGACACGGCCCGAAGCACGAAGGUUGGGACCAGCGAGGUCUGAUGCACCGCUGCGAGAUCCCGUUCGUCGACGGGUCGGGCACCGCGAUGCGCGUCAUCAAUGGCUUCCACUACGGCAUGGACGCGCUUGACGAGUUCAACACGCCCGACCAUACGGAUUGGCAUGCGCCGGGGAGGAUCGAGAACCGGAUAGACGAGUUGAUCGUGCCGGCUAUCGAGCAGCUUGGAGGGACGGACAAGGUGGAUGUUGUGCAGCUGCACAGCGGAAUGUGGGACCUGGCCCUCUUCGGCAUGCAAGACGACAAGACGCGCUGGUCGCUCACGGUCCCUCUAACGCCCGAACAACUCGCCUGGUGGCAAGAACGCAUGUUGCACGCCAUCUACCACGUCCGGCAGCGCUUCCCGCGCGCCAGGCUCGUCUUCCGCAAGCUCCAUAGGACGGACGACGCGGUUGCGGGGACGCAGUACAUCACGAAUUGCGCGUCCACCAGCUUAGGCACCUGCAGGAGGAAGUCGCUCGCUCGGAAGGAUUGCCCAUCUUCGACUUUGGGCACGUCCUCGAGGGCUACCAGUUCUUCCAGGAGAAGGUGCACCCACUCCUCGUCCCUGGCGGCGUCACCUAUGCGCACAACCUGGUCCACCAGCUGCGUCUCGCGCUCGAGAGCCGGACGAGCUGGCGUCGAGGCUGGCUGUGGGACGCGUGAAUUGGGCGAACGAGGCGAAGAGGUGGGCAGGCGGGUUGUAUUCGAGCGAUGCAUUUCAUUAUCCUUGCACUCAAUUAAGCCUCGCGGUCCAAUCGAGCGAAUCAGAGAAUGGCUUGCUCUUGCUUUCCAGUCGAGGGACGAACGACUCAAGGUCGCCCGACCCGCUCUUUCCUCAUCGUCCCCUCGCUCGCUGCUGCUUUCUCGCUGGUCUGUGCCCUUCUGA